GGCUCGUUUGGAAGAGUGGCUUACCGCAAAGGGUAAGACACCGCACACGGUCAAAAGAAAUGUACGGAGAGAAACAUUUGAUGUUGUCAGACUCAGUUCAGAACUAGAGCAGUGUGUUCAAGUGGAUGAGGAUGCCCGUUUGGAAAGAAGUGAAGUGGACGUGAAUUGCGCCCUCGAUGAAUGCCUUCAAAGCUGUCUUGGUUUCAUGAACAAGAUAAAGAAUGAAAGCAAAGUUGGUGAUUGGCUAGAAGAGCUACAUGAACGCUGCCCUCAAGUAAGAAGUAGAGCUUUGUUUUGGGUUUGUCGAGCUAAAGUCGCUGAGACUGAGACAAAGCAAAGCCCACCGACAUUUUGAAAUCAGCGUUACAAGAUUUCACAAUCAGAUACUCACAAAGAAUGGACACUACACC